GCAGCGGAGAAAACGGGUUUGGAAAUACUCUCUCUUUGACGAUUGUGUAUCGUACGAAAACAUAUAAAAGUUUCUGUUAAUUGUAACUUGUGUUUAAAGUACUCCACCAAUAGCAGUUAAAGUACUCCACCAAUAUUCUCAAACUUGUCUUGAAAAAGUUUUUUGUUCAUAAUGAUGGCCCAGGAAAAUGGAAAAAAUGGAGACAUUUACAUAAUCCCUUCCAAAUCGGCUACACAAAAGACGGCGGAGAUCCAGAAGUUCUGGCACAUCGACAGAGAAAUGCUCCGAUUUAAACUGCAUUUCUUUCUAUUCAUCGGAGCUCUAGGUACUUCACUACCAUAUAUCACUAUCUUUGCAAAGAACAGAAUCGGUAUCACAGCUUCAUCCCUUGCGGCUAUUCUAACUACUCAACAGUUUCUGUUCAUCUUCACUAAACCAGUCAUAGGUUACAUUGCUGACUACUUCAACAAGCUGAAGGCCGUCAUCUGCAUUCUUUCAAUAGUCCAGACUAUCUUCUUUAUUCUGCUUCUAACGAUUCCAAAAAUCGAAAAAGGAGAAGAUCAAGCGGUACUGGACAAUAACACAUAUUUUUUUAAUUCCUACAUAUACCUGAAUUCAUCGCAGUUGUACAUUAACUGUCCUUCGAACGGAAAUAGCUCUUUCUCAGAAUCACUUCCGGAGACCGCCAAUAAUGAAAAAAUUCAGUUGUGUUUUCUUUCACUAGAUUAUCUGUCCAAUUUUUCUGAUGAAUGCUCGAACCAAGAUUUGAAAGCAAUGAAUAUCAGUGAAAUUCUUAUUCUAAACAAUAAUAAAAGCGAAAAUUCUCUAUUUUUUAAAGGAAAGGAAAAUGGCUCUUUGUUAACUUUACUUUAUUUCCAUUUCUUACCGACAUGUGAAAUAUGUUGUAAAUCCACAGGAAUGUGCCACAAGGUCGACUGUGGAACUCUGAAAGAGAAACAAAAGGAAGAUUCAUCAAAAAAGAAAUUCGUUAGCGAUUUUGAAACGUACCAAUUUUGGAUCUAUGCAAUACUGACCACUUUUGGUAUGGGAUGCACAAAUGGUCUCUUUACGCUUUCUGACACAGCAUGCUGUGAAAGUGUAGAAAAAACUGGUGCUGAGUUCGGUCGUCAGAGACUGUAUGGUGCAAUCGGCUGGGGACUGAUGUCUCCUGUUGGUGGACUUCUCAAUGAUUAUACGAAUGACUUCACAGCUGCAUGGAUUCUUAUGACAGCUAUGUCCCUUGUAUCUUUAUUGAACAUACUUCGACUGGAUUUAGUGAAACCUAAGUUUUCGAAGAACCUUUUGAAAGAUAUAGGUGCUGUUUUAAAGUCAAAGGAGUUCUUAGCUUUUAAACUUUGUGUCUUAUUGAAUGGUAUUGGCACAGGAGUUUUAUGGUUCUAUCUGGUAUGGUAUCUGACGACAAUUGGUGGAAGUCGUUUCCUUUGCGGCAUGGUCCAGUUUGUGCAGUGCUUUGUGGGAGAAAUCCCCUUCAUGUUCUUUUCAGGUUGGGUUAUCAAGAAGAUUGGGCAUUUCAAUGUCUUAACUUUGGCUCUGAUGUCAUACUGCAUCCGGUUCUUUUGGUACAGUCACUUGAGUAACCCAUGGCUUAUUCUUCCGGCGGAAGUUCUUCACGGAUUCACUUAUGGAAUAUUUUAUACUUCUGUGACAUCUUACGCGAAGCUCAGCGCUAAGCCUGGAACUGAAGCUACAACUCAAGCCGUUCUUUUUACGGCUCAUGAAGGUUUAGGUGCUGGUAUUGGAUGCAUUGUAGCCGGAUUAGGUUUUGACAAUUUAGGAGGUCACACUACUUUCUUCUACUUGAGCGUCUUUGCUGGUUUUGGCAUGGUUUUAAGCAUCAUCCUGCACUUCUUCAUCCGGAGACAGAAAGGUAGUAUUGAUGUAACGUCAUUCCAGGACACAUAAUAGUAUUCAUACAAUUGUUUUGUUAAAGGCAAUAAAAUAGUAUACUAUCUAAUAGUAAAAUGGUUUUAUGUAUAAAACAGCGAGAAAUUCAUAUUGUAUUUAUUCAUUUUCAUUUCUAAGUUGAAAUGUUUUUCAUAUAUUCACGUGAUUAUUAUGAUAAAAUUUAUUUAUAUAUAUGUUAAUUUUUAAAUAAUUUUUUAACAUUUUCAAGGAUAUUUUUUAUGUUCAACCUUGAU